GCCUGUAAUGCACAUCAGACCAUGUCUCCAAUUUUUCGGUUUCGAGGGUCGCGGCGCCAAGAACAAUACUUGACCUGUGGAUUUUGGGUUCCGCGGUGGCGGAUCAUUACAGGCUCCGAUUCGACCAGGGGUCCGGAGUUGCGCUCGGUCCAUCACCCGGGCCAUCACCGCUUCGGAAACAUUGAAUGAGGUGCCGCGACAGUAGCCCCGAGCUCUAUUGAUUUAAUCACAGACACCAAUCGCGAUCAUCAACUUAUUCAUGAGCAUAUAAUCUCCCCAAACAAUAACCCAAGACCAUAUUCUCGCGUGGAACUCCGACAGGCACGAUUAAACCAGCUCGCGCAUUCAAACCGCCUCCCUCGACAAGGACCGCCUCGAAAUCGACCUCGUUUCCUCCUUCACGUCCGUCGCCAGCCCCCUCCGACCUCAGUCGUCUGUCAGCACCUAAUCGAAAAUGUCUGCCGCGGCGGCGACCGCGCCUCAAACCAACGGCGUACCAUCGUCGAGCUCACAACCCCAACCGACGCCUCCAUCACAAGCGUCCACCUCUGCCGCGAACCCGGCCCAGACCCAGCCCGGCUCAACAGCAGCAACAACCGCCACACCAUCCACCAGCCAACCUGCUCCCUCCCAAUCACAAUCACAACAACCACAACAAAAUCAACAACAACAACAACAACAACAACAACCACACCUCUCCUCACCACCAACAGCACCCCCAAAUCCAAACAACCCAGGCAGCACCACCACCGCCCCGCGCCCCCGCGACGCGCGCACUCUCGAGCUCCUCCUCACCGCGCAAGGCGUAACCUCCUUCGAGCAGCGCGUGCCCCUUUUACUCCUCGACUUCGCCUACCGGCACACGGCCGCCGUUCUCUCCGACGCACUCCACCUCUCCGCAGACCCCUACACCUCGCACGCCGGGGCGCGGCCCUCCGCGGCAUCCGGCGCAGCGCCCGUCAAUGCAGGCGAUGCGGCCAUCACGGCCAACGCCGUGUCCUUGGCCAUCGCCAGCAGGCUGGGGUUUCAGUUCCGGGGCGGCGGCGGGGGGCCCGGGCCCGGUGGUGGCGGUGGUGGUGGCGGUAUCAGCAAGGACUGGCUGCUUGAGCUGGCGCGGGAGCGCAACAAGGUCGCGCUGCCCCGGGUCAUGCCUAGUGAGUGGGGGACUAGGUUGCCGGGAGAGAGGUUUGUGUUGAGUGGAGUCGGGUGGGGGCUUAAGGAUGUGUGGGCGGGCCAGGAGGAUGUGAUGAGUGAUGGGGAUGAGGAGGAGGAUGAUGAGGAGGGUGGGGAUGAGAUGAUGGCGGACGGGGCUGGUGGGGGUGCUGACGGGAGUGGAGGGGAUACUAUGGAGGGUAUUGAGACUGAGGAUGUUGGAGGGGAUGGAGUCGAGGGCGGGACGAUUGGGGAUGUGUUUGGGGAUGAAGGGAUGGAGGACGAGGAGAUGGCCGAGGCGUGA